AUGCGACACGCCGGAACGUCGUACAUGGUGGUCGGGAGCAAGACGCGGACGGCGGUCGCGAGGUUCGAAACCGGACGGGAAGGCCGCGCCGGUGAGCCGCCGCGCUCGAGACCGGCAAACCGCGGCGGAAGCAAGGCGGACCUAUCCCUUGCCUCCCGCCCUCACCACCCCCACCAGCACAAGUCACCGACCACCCUAGAUACGCGUACCUACCACAUAUACGACACUAUCGAAGACCCUCCGUACCGCAUACACUUUCCCCCGGCGAUGAGAUCAGAGCAGCGCCGCGCUACGCUGGGCAGCGCAAGUCCUCGUCAACGGCAAGGAUUCCGAAAGAAGAACAAACCAGGAACUCGGCAAGUGGUUCAUGUGCCUGUGAUGAGGACAAUAGCAGAUCAGCUCGAGGACACGCGAGCUCCCCCAGCAGCUCACGCCCGACCGCUGAGCGGUAUCGCAUUUCUGCGCGACCCAUCUCAAAGUCUUCCGCCGCUCGACUGCAAAUCUCGGGCCCCAACUUGCCAAAACACGGAAGCACGGAGACUGUCGAACUGCACGAAUCCUGAUGCGCGCGAGGCGGACUCGAGCGCGGCCUUGCGGUUCCGGCCCCAAGCGCAAAUCCAGCACUUCACGCCAUCACGCUUGCAAUAUAGCAGGCCGAGAGUCAACGGCAAUGAUUCCAGAAGCGCGGAAGAUGCGCCGUUGGGGCUUAGGAGGAGGAGGGCGGGCGGCAAGGAAUAUCCGGGUGGCAGAGUCGCGGAAUCGCUUAGCAAAGUGGUGGGGCAUCAAGGGGGAGACGCGGUGAUGCUCUGCGAGUCCGUGCGCCUGGUGGAUUCGUAUAAAGAGCGGGCCUGCGCUUUGAACUCCUGGUACUUCAAACUCGGGCUGGUCUCGCUAGGUCCUCUGGCGGAUUCUUCAACGCGCCGGCCAGACGCAACGGGCAGCAGGUUCACUUUGAUCAUCACCAACGUCCUAUUCCAAAGACGCGAUGGUCCGUCGUCGCCCGUGCGCUGGCACAACCACAUGACGCUCUGCGUCGCUGCGCGGCGGCCAGGCCCUGGCGACUCCCGAGCUGAGCGCCGUCACCCAUCUCGUUCUGGAGGUGCCAUAGACUACUCGCUAGACGAUCGCUACCUACACCCAGCCGCUCGACGAUACCCUGAACCUUCGAGGGAUUUGAUCAGGUUCUCGGGGUCAUUGAGUAGGUUCUCGGGGUCAUUGAGGGUUGCUUGUUACUCCGCCCCUACAUACCCGCGCCUUGACGAUUCCGAGCACGUCCGAGGAGGGGGAGAUUAUGCUGGUACACGGCGCUCUAGCUGGGCCUCUAAGCGCGCUGUGCGGAUGUGCGACCGCCAUCUUCGCCUGUCCCAUUGGGACUCGAGUAAUACGGCCGCGUCGAAUUUCAUUGAGCUCGAUUCGAAUCGAGAUCAGGCGCACCUUAGCGUCGGCAUGACUCUCAAACAAGGGCUUACUGAGACGUGUCCACGACCAGGGGUAGCCCUGGUCUCACGCCGAAAGGCCUUUCAGGGGAGGGUGGGGCUCAUGGGUUGA